GAACGCGCCGGAACUGAGCACGCGUCAGUUUGCGUACAAUCUUUGUUACGAUAAACUUGUUUUCGAUCUUGUGAAUGUUACAAAUUAUUGUGAAGUAAGAAGUUAUUUGUACAGUGUCUGUGUUUACGAAGUUUUCUGGCGAUACAAUUAGAUUAGUGAAAAAUGCGAAGCACGUAACAGACAAGUGCAUAUCUCAGUAUGUUUUAUGCGUCUGCGUUGCUGCGAUGGUUCAGGAAGUUUCAGCAUGGUGGUGUGGCCAACCAGUUCUUCAUGGCGUUGAUGGUGACGAUUCCUGUCCUAAACUUCGGAAUGCUGAUGGGAUGGCAGUCUCCAAUGACGCCGAUACUCCAAUCACCAGACGGCCCAGCCCCAGAACCCAUCAGUGACGAGACAAUAUCCUGGAUGGCUUCGAUCACAUUCUUCCCCUCAAUAUUCUGCGGCGUGUUCGUCGGGAAGCUAGCUGACAAAUGGGGGAGGAAGAAUACCACAAUGUUGACGUCGCUAUCUCUUGUGAUAAGUUGGAGCAUAACUCUAUUCUCCCUUCGACCCUGGGCCCUCAUCACCUCGCGAGCUGUGGCUGGUCUAGCCUGUGCUGGCUGCUACGUGGUGACUCCAUUGUACUUGAAAGAGAUCGCGUCAGACAACAUACGGGGUGCGCUAGGUUCCCUCUUCAUCCUCGUCCAGAACCUGGGUUACCUGGUGGUCUACGUGGCAGGAGAUAUCCUGUCGUUCGCAGCGGUCAUGUGGCUCUGCACUGCUAUUCCGGUGAUACACUUGCUUGUGUUCAUGAUGAUGCCAGAAACUCCUGUGUUCUUAGUCAAACAGGGCAAGAUAAAAGAAGCUAAAUCGUCUCUAGCAUGGCUUCGGUACACAACGGUGGACGACAAAAAUUUAGAAGAAGAGAUAAAACAGUUAGAGAGAGAAGAAGACUUUGCGCGUUCUAUGAAAAAAACUUCGUGGAAAAGUAUAUAUCAAGACAAGACAACAUUCAAAGCGUUCAGGAUAUCCCUGAACGUGAUGCUGUCACAGGAGACGUGUGGCUAUCUGGUGGUGCUGAUGUACGCUGGCUCCAUCUUUGACCAGGCAUCGCAGUCCAUAAGCCUGAAGCUCAGCCCCAACAAGCAGACCAUUGUUGUGGGAGCCAUUCAGCUGUUGGGGUCCGUAGUAGCCAGCUGCAUCGUUGAGAAAACUGGACGAAAAUGGCUUCUAGCUUCCACGUCUCUGGCUACGGGCUUGUCCAUGCUGGCCUUAGGAGCGUGGUUCUAUAUCACCUCGUUCUCCAUAUGGCUGCCUGGCUGGCUUCCGGUCCUAGCCAUGUGUCUGUGUAUCUUCUCAGACGCCGCAGGCUAUCAACCUGUGCCAUAUGUUAUUACUUCUGAGCUUUUCUCAUUCCAGCAUCGCGGCAUGGUUACAUCGUUCGUCAGCAGCGUGGAUGCUCUCAGCGACUUCCUGCAAACGAAAGCCUACGACCCACUCCUCAAACUACUGGGUAUACACUGGGUUUUCAUAUUCUUCUCAAUGAUAUGCUUCCUCGGUACUGUGUACACAGUAUUAUAUGUACCAGAGACUAAGGACAGAAGUGUCGAAGAGAUUUACGCAAUCCUCGAAGAUGGGAGACAGAAGGAGAAACGGAAAGACAUGGAAGCUGGUAAUGAAGUAACUAGAUUGUAAUAGCUUGAAGAUACCAUCCAAUAUCAACUGAUACAGAACUAAUUCGAGCUCAAUAGAAAUAAGAAUCUUUAUGUUUUUGUAUUGGAUUGUAUUUGGACAUCUGGAUCUUAGCGUGACGUUUCGCCAACUUCUAGUUCACUCCGACGUUACUUCAAGUCGUUGCGCAGUAACAAAUAUUAAUUUGUUCAAUCACUCUAAUGAGUGAUGCAUGUAUCAGCACAACUCCAGAAGUUCAGAUCAUAAGUUUGGCGACGGAAAUACCAAGGACCAACAAACAAUGCUACAAAUUUCUUACACAGUUACCUAUGUAGAUGACUUGGUUUUUUACGUUCGCAUUCAAUAUGUACUUGGUGAAAACUGAAAGAAAGAUCUGUCCGUAUGCGUGGAAUACAUAGUAGCGGUGAGUCUCAAUCAAUACCCGCGUAAUUUUAGUAAAAUGUUAUUUAAAUAAUUUUUGAAUUGCAAAUGUUUGUCCAGUGUACCUUUAAAUAAACAUAAUUUGACAAUUAUCUUUCCUUUGCGGAAACUUAUUGUAUACUCAUAAAGCCAGUCGUACAUGGUCAUUCAUUUUCACGCUGCGACUGCUCGUAUGGUAAGUUCUACGGGCUCCUAUUUAUUAAUCACCACCACCAGAGUUACUAAUCCAACUGACGUUUACGUCCACUCUUAGCGUAUAAUAAUUAAAAUAAAAAAAAUAAAAAGAGUAAGUAUAUAACUUACUCUAAAAAUGUAGUAAAUUAGUAGACACUGCUACUAACAAACAGCUGUUUUAUAAAUUUCAUAAAUAAUACUUGACCUUAAUAAAUAAUUUGUACUAGAUUUAUAGUAAUCUCACUUUUUUGGUUCUGCGGCUGUUGGACGUAAGGCUUAACUCAACUAAAUAUUUGUAUUUGUGUGUAGUAUUUAUACUAAAUAAUAAAUAAGUUUAUUUAAAGUAAUGUAGUAAAAUAUUGUAUAUAAUAUUAUUAUAUAUUUUAACUACUUAUUUGUACUAAGUACAUGUUGUACAACUAAAUUAAAUAACUACUUAAAUUAAAUAUUAGUUUAAGUAUAAAAAAUUGUUAUAUUCUACCAUAAAGCGAACAAGGUUUAAUUUCCGCUAUAGAGAUUUGGGACCUAGCUAUAAUUUAUUUUAUAUGCUAAAUAUGUACUUAUUUUAUUUUUUGGACAUCUUCAAGAAAUUAAUGAUUUUACCAGUCCAUAUUUAUAUUUUAUAGUGCUUCUAUUAUAGUUAUAAGAUUCAUUUUGAAAUACCUCACUCAUGAGUUUUAUGUACUUAUGAUAAUAUUUUGUGACUAACUUCAAUAUUGUCGGAAAAUCGUGACGCAUCAUAAAUAAUUUACUCAAAAAACGUUUUAAGUCUGAACUGGUUAGUAAGAUAAUAAUAUUGACACACUUUCAACACAAGUUAUCCUAUUCCAAACUAGGCGUAGCUUAUACUACGGGUGUUAGAAAACUAUAUAUUUAUUAAGAAUGUAUUUUAUAUAUACAUACAAGAUCCAUGACUCAGAAACAAACAUUCAUACUCAUCAUAUAAAUGUGUGCAUCAUCGUAUAUUUUUUCCUUAAAUCAUGUAUACAUCUAGAUAGACUGUGACAGCUGCCAAAACGUCGAAAACAGUUUAGCUUGACAGUUAACCUCAAUUUUGCAACAUUGCAUGUACACAAAUUGACAUACAAAUCGCGAGUGUAAGACGUAGCUUGUCACGCUCGUUGUCAUGUUAUACAUCUGGCUUGUUUUCAUCGGUUGUCUAGCAUCAAAAGGCUCUAUCUAGACGUAUAAAUUAACUAAGAUUUGUACUUAUAAAAUAAUCAGUAGUACCUAACCCUUUACAGCCUGUUAAUUUUACAUUGACGGUUGGCAAAAACGAACUAACGAAUUAUUAUAAUUAAUUACUGAUGGUAUUAUUUAAUAUAACAACAUAGUUAAAAAAAAUAUGUGUGUAUACUUAUGUAUGCACUUAAGAAGUUAUACUUCUUUGGCGUAACAAAGCAAAAAUCCUUAAAAUUAUUUAUUCCUCCUACUAGUCUACGUUUGUGUAAAGAACGAUAUUGUAAAAAUUUUGCAACGAUGGCUUUGACAGUUAAUUAUUAAAUAAUGAAUACGGCUGUAUGGGCUUGAACCUUAUGGGCCUGUCCUUAUAAUGGACGAAGAAACUAAAAAAAUAACGAAUGUCUCAAACGUAAGAAAAUGUUAGGAACACACUAUACCCUGUUACUUUUCUGAUACAGUGAUGCGCGCGCAUCUUAAAAUUUCACUCUCAUCAUUUUUUCAUAACGUGCCAAAAGAAGUAUGACUUCAAAAAUAUUUUAACUACUUCAAACGUUUAUAUGAAAACGUCAAGAGCGCCCACAAUUAAAUGCCAUUGAUUAUUACUUGACGCGCUGAGAUCCGGCCUAAUUGACCGGUCCAGUCAAAACACUUAAUAUAUAACGACUAACUAAUUAGUUUGUGUAUGUUCUUCUACAGUAAAUUCAUAGCAUUUGCUAAACAUAAUUAAUGAUUUUCAGGGACCAAAUGGGACCAAAAUAGUAUUUUUUCUAAUAUCAAGUCAGCUUGCAAUAAAACUUUUUAAUCUUUAUGCGAAACACACAGACUAGAAGAAAAGAAGGACUCUGCGCUGUCAUAUAAGCAUGUGAAGCACCUUUAUGCUAUUGUGUGUGCAGUUACGGGGUAUACCAUUUACACAAUUUUUUCUCCCUUAAAUAAUCAUAUAUCGACAAAUACUUUUAUAUCAUUGUUUUUACACUCUUUCACAACGCACGACGGCAUUUUUAAAAUAUUUUGUUGCGACGCAAACUGAUCUGUCACAGACGAUGGCUAAUUUUAUUAUGGCGGACGAUCGGCUUGUAUAAGUGUAUGCGUGGGGCUAUGUAUUUACACAUUUACCGGCUUGUUUUGGUGCCUCACUGUUAUUUAAGGUGACACGGAGUCUUUAUUUUUUACUAGUCCGUGGCGAAACAUUUUCUCAAACUUAGUCCAAUUUUUUGUCUUUUUAUGCAUUCCGAGUACUUAAAAGGUGCUUUCAAACUGUGAUAUAAAAAAAAUCGAAUAUAAUAAUAUAUUAUUUUAAUAUACUCGUGCCACGUAUUGUACUGAUUGUGAUAUUACGACGAAUUAUUAAUUUUUUUGUAUUAAUAUAUUCUAAGUCGAAACGACAAUAAAAUAUUUAAUAUA